UAACAGCGCCUGGCAGUUGCGGCCUCUCUCCACGUCUCUACGCCGACGAGAUGGCAGGAGGUGUGCGGAGAAAGUCUCCCAGUUCCCCGUCCCCACUGUGGGGGAAACUUCACACACUGUGGCAGGACAAACAUUUGGUCCUGUUCAAGACGGAAUACACGUUACUGGUAGUUUCAAUUUUGUGGCUUUUGGAGAUCGGGAUCAAUGUGUGGGUCAUACAGAAAGUAGCAUACACUGAAAUCGACUGGAAAGCCUACAUGGAUGAAGUAGAGGGAGUCAUCAAUGGUACCUACGACUACACCCAGCUUAAAGGAGACACUGGCCCCUUGGUGUACCCGGCUGGCUUUGUCUACUUCUUCACAGCUCUCUACUACAUCACCAGCCAUGGGGUGAACAUCCGUCUGGGCCAGUACCUUUUUGCUGUCUUCUACCUCAUCACACUGCUGCUCGUCUUCAGGAUAUACUACCGCACUAAGAAGGUUCCUCCCUAUGUGUUCUUCUUUGUGUGUUGUGCUUCUUAUCGGAUCCACUCCAUCUUUGUGCUGCGUCUCUUUAAUGAUCCAGUGGCCAUGAUGCUGCUGUUUGCAGCUGUCAACCUCUUCAUUGAUGGAUACUGGAUCCUGGGCUGCGGCCUUUACAGUUUAGCAGUGUCUGUGAAAAUGAAUGUGCUUCUUUUUGCUCCCGGACUACUUUUUCUCCUCGUAUCUGAGUUUGGUCUAAUCGGGACAAUCCCGAAACUUUCUCUGUGUGCGGGCGUGCAGCUUUUGCUGGGUCUGCCUUUCCUCCUGGAGAAUCCCAUUGGUUAUUUGAGCCGGGCGUUUGAUCUUGGCCGUCAGUUUAUGUUCAAGUGGACGGUCAACUGGCGCUUCCUGCCAGAAUGGCUCUUCUUGAAUCGGUACUUCCACUUACUCCUGCUGGCUGCCCACCUGCUCACCCUGCUGCUCUUUGCUCUCCACCGUUGGAAGAGGCCAGGAGAAAGUAUCUUUGAACUACUCAAGGAGCCAGGCAAAAGGAAGAUCCCUGCUCAGAAAAACACUGUUGAUCAGAUAGUGCUGAUUCUGUUCACCUCUAACUUCAUUGGCAUGUGCUUUAGCCGUUCGUUGCACUACCAGUUCUACGUCUGGUACUUCCACACGCUGCCUUAUCUGCUGUGGAGUGGAGGAGUGAAGAAGCUGGCCCACCUGCUCAGGGUCCUGAUCCUGGGUCUGAUCGAGCUUUCAUGGAACACCUACCCCUCUACUAACAGCAGCUCAGCCGCCCUCCACAUCUGUCACCUCAUCAUCCUCCUCUGUCUGUGGCUGGCUCCGCCCCUGCCUUCAGCUCCAGCAGAAACACAAGAAGAUACACCUGUCAAGGACAAACGCCAGUGAGCCACAGCCUGAUCAGACCGGACGUCGUAUUUGGGCUAAUCAGCUGCAGAACAGCGUCCAUCAUCCUCUCUUUGAUCCUCACAACACCGGUGCAGAGGGAGGCCACCGGGGUAGACUGUUUAUAAGUGAAUACAAAGAGCCAUUUGAUACUUCUCAUUUCAGCUCAUGGCUAAAAGUGAAGGAAGCUAACAUGUGGGUGCUGUCUGCAGACAGAUACCUGCAUGAUGAAAUGGCAUGUAGUAGUCCCUUGCAGUUGAAGAGAUGAAAAGAGAAAGAAAUUAUGGAUUCUCAGGUUUCAUUUUCAGUCACAUAAUAGGAAGAGUGGAGUAGAGUGCUAGGAGGAGGAAAUUGAAUGUUAUGUUUUGAAAGAAUUUGUUAGAUAGGCAAAAUUUCAGUAUGUUAAAACUACACUCUGUCUAUAUUUCAACUGGCCUGAUCAUUUUUUUCUUGUUUGAUAUUUUGAUUUAAAAAAACAUAAUUUACUGGUGCACAAAUGACCUUGUACAUUGUAUUAAGAAGGCAUUAGAAAACAUUAAUAUGAUGCAGAACUUGAACUUAGCACCCAAAGCUUUAAAUUGAUUGCAUGUCAGGCAUUAGUCUGUGGCAUUUCCACUUGCCACAGUAGUUGCAGUAUUCUCCAGUACAAGGCCAAAAAUCUUUUCCAGUAGUUAUAUAAUUUUACACAAACGUGUAAAUCUGAGCUGUAGACAAUCAUGUCUGAUUUGUUACUGAAUUGAUUCAUCCUCUGUUGUGAGUAGCUAACUACACUCAUAAGCACAUAAUUAGACUUAAUGUGAAAAAUUUGCAGUAGAGUGAGACAGCAAAAGUGACAUUUUAUAUUAAACCGAUGCCUCUUAACCUUGA